AUGUCUGAGAGGAGAGAGGAGGUGACCCCCGACUCGAUGGAGCAGGCGUGCAUGCUGUGUGGCUGGGCAGCGUCAGAUCCAGAAGUCUGUGGGCGCAAAAUUAAGAAGCAAGGGCUCUGUGCCCAUUUCUUUUGCUUGUUUUUUGCCAGCCAACUUCUUUACUGGCAGGAUGAGCAACCAGGAAUGCUGGGAUUUGUCAUGCAGGACAUUCUCCACGCAGUCGAGUUGGCAGCACAGAAGCGAUGCUUCGUCUGUGGGAAGAACGGGGCCGCCAUCACCUGCUGCCGGGAGGGCUGUGACCGCAGCUUCCACCUGCCCUGUGCCAUCGAGGGUGAAUGUGUUACCCAGUACUUUCCUCCACACAGCUCCUUCUGCAGGGAGCACCGCCCAGAGCAGCAGGUCGAGGCGCUUCCAGAGGAGGACACCGAGUGCCUCAUCUGCCUGGAGCCUGUGGGGGACAGAAAGUCCUUCCACACCUUGGUGUGCCCCGCCUGCAAACACGCCUGGUUCCACCGGGACUGCAUCCAGGGCCAGGCUCGGUAUACUGCGAUUAGUUCCUUCAGUUGCCCUCACUGCAGAGACAAUCAUGACUUCACCUUUGAUAUGCUCCACAGGAGACUGUGA